UCUGAAUUUGAGGCAGAACUGGUAUCUGCUGGUGGGAAGCUCGUAGUGGUUGACUUCUCUGCCACCUGGUGUGGACCAUGCAAGAUGAUCAAGCCUUUCUUCCAUAGUUUGUGUGAGAAGUAUGGUGAUGUGGUGUUCAUCGAAAUUGAUGUGGAUGAUGCCCAGGACGUUGCUGCACACUGUGAUGUGAAAUGCAUGCCAACGUUCCAGUUCUACAAGAAUGGGAAGAAGGUGCAGGAGUUCUCUGGGGCCAAUAAAGAAAAGUUGGAAGAGACCAUUAAAAGUCUGGUCUAA